CAUAAAUAGUCGAUUAUUGUGAAGACAAAGGUUAGUUUUCAUCGAGAUUUUGUUGCUUUUGAGAGAUAACAAUCGAAUUUCUUUCACCAUGGCUAUUUGCGUUAUUAUUGGAGCGGUUUUAUUACAAUUUUUUGUAUGUGAGAUCGCAACACUUCCUGUUUCCAGUAACGAUGAGAUUUUACCUGAAGUAACAUCGGAACCUUCAACAUUUUUUCGUGCGAAAAGCAGCGCUACAGUAGGAAUUGCAGCAGAGAAGACAACGGGAGAUAGUGGAUCUUUUUUUUCGAAACUAAGAACGCUCAGCGGAUCAAUUGCGCAGACCGAACCGAGCCACGGAACAAAUUUUGAAUCAACUACGUCAACGAUCUCCGUCACCGCCGAAAAACCGGACAAUUUCCAUACACUUGCAAUUGGAAAAAGUGCGACCGAAAGCAUCGAUAUUGACGUUGAAAAUCACAAACGAACGAGCACAGAGAUCGAUGAAGGCGUCAUCAUAUCCAGUUCCAAUGAAGAAAAUGAAAAUAUGAUUGGUUUAGCUCGUGCUUUUGGAUUACUUGGAAAAACUUUAAUGUUAGUUCCGCUAAUCGUAGGUUAAGCUAUUGUUAUUUAUUCUUGAGUAGUUUAAUCUUAAGUCAAUUAUUGAUUUUCUGUAUUGGAAUAUCAAAGCCAUGAGAGUGUUUUUAAGUGUUCAAUAAACAUGAAAAGAAGUCGUAUG